AUGGCCGGCAAUGACACAGAAAAUGCACGGUUCCUCACCCCUCCGGCCGUGACUGCUUUACGGCAGGAGGCUCGGAGCAUCGACCCGAAAUUCUCUCCUUUAACGCGUGCCUUGAGCGAUGAUGAUAUGCGGGAAGAACGUGAGGACUUGAGAGAAGCCGCGGAACAGACCCUGAAUGUCAUUGUCGACUUGGAUCUAGAAGGUCGUGUCAAAUGGGUUAGUCCGUCGUGGAAACAGGUUGUGGGAACGCCGUCGGAGUCGAUAGAAGGACGAAUGAUCUCCGAGGUCUUGGUGGACAAUCAGAAUGCCUUUCACGACGCGAUAGAAUCUCUCAAAGAGGAUGACUCGCGAAGCCGUUUCAUUCGUGUCGCGGUCCAGAUGGGCCCUGACUCGGUCUUGAAAUUCUCCCCAGAACCACGGCCGAUGAAGCGGGAAGUGACUGGCACUGUUGGAACGGAGGGUGUGGAGGAUCACGAGGAACCCUUGGACACGGUGGAGGAGCACAGCCACGACAUUCUUACCCUGGAAGGGCAAGGAAUCAUGGUUUUUGACCGUACUGCGGAUGGAGUUGGACAUACGAUGUGGAUGUUGCGACCAUUCGCGGAGCCACGGGAAGUUACCAUUGACCUUCCACAUUUGCUCGUGGAAUCUUUAGGUGUUGGUGCGGAGGUUUUGGCGAACUAUUUAACAGUGCUAGCAGAGGCCGCUGCGAACGAACCCGACCCUUCUAAACACCCUGCCCCGAAACCCGUGCUGUGUCGCAUCUGCGAACGUGAGAUCACCCCAUGGUGGUUCGAAAAGCACUCCGAUCUUUGCCUCCAGGAACAUCAAGCCGAAAUGGACCUCCAGAUCGCCCAAGAGAAUCUUAAUGAACACCGCCAUGCGAUUGUCAAGGUGUUGGAUGCCCUGGAGGCGAGACAAGGUCGGCCUGUGACUCUCCGGGAUGGCAAUUCUUCAGCGCCACCACAGCCCGAAUACAAAGGUCUCCCUAUUGGACCAUCUCCUGUCGCUUCAACAACGUCAUCGGGGUCGGCAUCUACUAGCAGCUCGGCACCUGGUACACCACCUAGGUCAAGGGAUCAGUCUGUUUCGGGAACGGGUCACUCACGCGCCCGAUCCUUCGCAGUCCGGCGGCCCCUGGCUCGAGUGGUCGAGUUGAUUCUCGACCUUUGCGACACAGCCUUGGAGAUUAAUAUGCCGGUAAUCAGAGAAGCCCGUGGCGAAAACGGAGACGAUUUCCGAACUAUGUCUCCCCAAUCGGAAUCACGCAUUUCUCAGGUGCUGCAGUGGCAAUCACCCAGCUCGAACACCUUGGAACAGGAGCAGGGCCUUGCCGCUCUGUGUGCGGAUACGGAGCAGGUCGCCCGAGCAAAGGUGGAUGCGGUUGUUCGUCAUCGCAAAAUCGUGGAAUACGCCGAGAGAAUUCGUAUUGAAUAUACUGUGCUUGUGGAAGAUUGUAUUUCAGCUGCUCUUAGAAAGGCUGAGCGUAUUGCGGCAGGUCAAUUAAGCGAUUCAAGUUCCUCGGAGGACGAUCCAUUAGAGCCAUUACCCGAAGACCUUGCCUUCACUAGCACCGAUCCCGCUGCGUCGAUUCCCGCGUCUAUUGGAAGUCAAGUUUCUGUGCCGUCCCCAUCAGUUUCUGCGUUGACUAUGUCAAUGCGCAACUCUCCAGAACGUUUCCAAUAUUUGGAAGGGAAACCCUCAUCUAUUGCUGUAUCUACGGGAUCGAGUAGCCCCAUGGAAUGUCCGACCCCUCGCUCGCAUAAGAGUGCUGCCGGGUUGCUGGGAACCUCUCAACCAUCUCGACGGGGCCUUUCCUUGCUCGACUUCGAUGCGGGCGAGCAGAGUGAUAGCAGCAUUCUCUCCUCUACCCUUCCCGGAACCCUGCGAACCGACUCGCCUUCAUCUGAUCGAAGCAUAGAUCGCAAACGCAGAAGCCUGGUGCUUCCAGGACUGGCCAGUUCCCCUCGACGACAACAUUCACCCGCCCGAGUGUCCGGUCCCCAUUCCCCUUUGCGUAUGCCGAAACCACGUCUUUCUACUGGAGCCGAAAGUCUGCCAUCGCCUAUUGUAUCGCCGUCAACUAAUGCGGGGGAAUUGUCCCUUCAUCAUUAUCGUCACCACCGUCGCCAAUCGUCAGCAGCGUCUUCCGACGUUCCUCGUCCACCUGUCUCCCCCCAUCUGACUACCGCGAGUCAGCCUCAGCCACGACCAGUGCCCCCCUCUAUCAAAGAUUUUGAAAUCAUCAAGCCGAUCAGCAAAGGCGCCUUUGGCAGUGUCUAUUUAUCCAAGAAAAAGACAACAGGGGAGUACUUUGCAAUCAAGGUUCUGAAAAAGGCCGAUAUGGUUGCUAAAAAUCAGGUGACCAAUGUCAAGGCUGAGCGGGCGAUUAUGAUGUGGCAAGGGGAGAGUGACUUCGUUGCUAAACUUUACUGGACAUUUUCUAGUAAAGACUAUCUUUAUCUAGUAAUGGAGUACUUGAAUGGAGGGGACUGCGCCUCUCUGGUUAAAAUUCUUGGUGGGCUCCCUGAGGAUUGGGCCAAAAAGUACAUUGCUGAAGUCGUUCUUGGUGUCGAACAUCUUCAUAGCAGAGGCAUUGUUCAUCGUGAUCUCAAGCCGGAUAACCUUCUCAUUGACCAGACAGGUCAUCUUAAACUGACUGACUUUGGGCUGUCCCGUAUGGGUCUGGUUGGGCGUCAGAAACGUGUGCUGAAGAGCAUGAAUGAACAGGGAGUUGAUAUUCUAAAGCAGGGCUCAUUCCCUCGGGCCACCUCAAUCGCCUCGUCUCGAUCGGCCUCGUUUGAUUUCCAGGGGAGCGGAUCGCCAGGAUCCACCCCUCUGAUUACUCCCGAUCCUGGUGGUAGCAUGCCUCAGCCCUCCUACUUUAGUCUGAAUCAAAAUGGACUUGGCAGACAAACAUCUCGACGAGCAUCUGGAUAUCGGAGCGACAGUGGUGGGAGUGAAAACUUGAACGCAAUUUUCCGAAGCUUGUCCCUCAAUGAUCAAGGAGAAGCGUCUAGUGCUUUUCCUGUUCUGUCAUCCGAAAGCGUGCACGAAGAAGAAGAAGAAGGUCAGAGUGAGGCGGGAGAAUCUCCUUAUCUGCAUCCACUCCAACCAACGAUCAGCAACCAAGUAUUAAUAGGGACACCACCCCAGCAGUCCAUGAUGCCACCCUUGAUGGCACUUUUCGACCCCGACGAUCACAACAGACGCUUUGUAGGCACCCCGGAUUACCUCGCCCCAGAAACGAUUAACGGUGUUGGCCAGGAUGAGAUGGGCGAUUGGUGGUCAUUGGGUUGCAUCAUGUUCGAGUUCCUUUUUGGCUAUCCUCCGUUCAACGCGGCAACGCCAGAUGAAGUUUUCGAAAAUAUACUUCAUCGAAAAAUCAACUGGCCGGAAGACCUCGAAGAGUUGGCCUCCCCCGAAGCCAUAGAUUUGAUCAACAAGCUUAUGACUAUUGACCCACGCGAGCGGAUUGGGGCUAAUGCCGAUGAGAAUUUCCCCAACGGAGGAGCUGAAAUUCGGAACCACCGUUGGUUUUCCGAUAUCAACUGGGAUACUCUGCUGGAGGAUAAGGCUCAAUUUGUGCCGAAUCUGGAAAAUCCCGAGGAUACCGAAUAUUUUGAUGCCCGCGGAGCGACGCUCCAGGCUUUUACUGAAGAGCUUGAGGAUGAAAGCUCCCCUCAACCUCCACUUACGAGUGGCACGUAUGACCGACCGCAUGACGCACUGUUCAAGGUCCGCUCACAGGUUAACUCCAUGAAGCGGCCAUUAAUGCCUCUCCACAUUCCUCCUCAUGUCCGCGAGUCACGCAGCAGGAGGUUGAGUGAACCUUCCUUGGCGGACGACUUUGGAAACUUCGCUUUCAAGAACCUUCCUAUGCUCGAAAAGGCAAACAAGGAUGUUAUCCAAAAACUCCGACAGGAAGCAAUGCAAGCACAGCAGCGCCAGUUCGCGACCACAGGGCCUCAGCAACAACCACCGACUCAGGGCCCCACUCCGCCGUCAUCCGGCCCUUCACUCGAAGGCAGUCCAUUACCAAUGCCGCUGCAGCGGACCAUGUCCCAAACGAAGGGCAGCAACCGUCCUUCGUCACCUUCUAGUCUGAGUCAAGCGAACUCGUCCCCUAGUCGUCCAUCGCAGCCUUCAUCUCCACUCCUCGUUCAGUUCAGCACUGGAAAUAAUCAUGAGCGUAGAAAGACGUCCGGAUCAUCCUCAACCAACUCUCACCAAUCCAGUGGAUCUUUUGCACCCGCCUCUGCAGAUCAGAGUCGCAUGGCGAGCAUCAAAUUCAAUUCUGCAGCAUCAUCUCCGAUCAAGACUGGCCGGGUGGCUACACACUCUCCUGAUAAAGCGGUCCCAGGUCAACAACGUCAGGGGAGCGCCCCAGCAACAAGGGCUCGGUCACAAACGAUUGGAUCCCAGGAUGGAGAUUUGUCUUCAUCUCUCGCAAAAGAAUCGUACGUGGCUGGCCAUUAUAAGCGGAGGAGUCAGUUAUUUGAUGUCUCGCCUUCCUCAUCCGACAAUGAGGACCCUCGCACGAAGGCUUUGCUCAAAGUGCAACGUCGCCGACAGAGCUCGAGGCGUCUAUCCCAGAUUAAUCUCAACGAGGGCCCAUUUUUCCGGCCACUCGACAUCCUCAUCUGCGAAGACCAUCCGAUUUCGCGGUUAGUCAUGGAGCGCCUGUUUGAAAAGCUUCGUUGCCGCACCAUCACGGCUACGAAUGGCGCAGAAGCAGUGCGCUAUGCGCUUAGUGAGGUCCAAUUCGAUAUCAUUAUGACGGAGUUCAAACUCCCCCAGGUCAAUGGAGCGGAUGUUGCCCGCAUGGUCCGGGAAACACGCAGUGCCAAUCGACACACGCCGAUAAUUGCAGUCACUGGGUAUCUCAAAGAUCUUCCGGAGACUCAUUACUUUGACGGGCUCAUUGAAAAGCCUCCAACGCUGACCAAAUUCACUGAAGCACUGUGCAAGUUUUGCCAGUGGAAACCCCCACCAAAGGACUAUAGUCCUGCACUUCCAUCGGUAAUUGCGUCUGUCUUACGCCAUCCCCCCCCUCCUACUCAGUCUGAGCACAGCCCAAGCUCCACAAUUUCGUCCGGUUUCGCUCCUGUUCCCUCUUCAGGUCGGGGGUCUAGUCGUGAGGAUUCGGUUGGCAGCAGCUAUUUCGGUGACUUGGAUUCGAUCAAGGUAGAGGAAAUUCCUGUCAUUGUGAGCCGCCAAACGGAUGAUUGGGGCCAGAACCAAGGGGGAUUAGGCAUAUCUGAAGACUCAGCCACUCCACAAGAAACCGCCGAUCAGAAUCGCAAGGGUCAAAAUACAGUGCCCUUCCCGAGUUUACUUCAUACUACGUCGGCUCCCGCCGCCCUCAGCCCUUCAGGCAUGCUCACCCCGCGAAAGCAGCGGUCUAGUGAAGCAAUCCGGGCUAAGAGGGAAUCUAUGGAACGAAACCGCUACGAAUGUGCAGAGUCUGGUGAUGAUGAAGAUGAGGAGCUUGGGAACCUACAGCCGAGAGUGCACAGCCCUCGGAAUAGACCGCAUCGACCUGGCUCCAAGCUAGGUAUUGAAAUGAUGCGAACCAAUAGCCGAGGUAGCGUGGUCAGUACUGGGGAAGAAGCUCUGAGGAAAGAAAAGGAGACCCAAGACCGGGGCAGAAGUGGAGGUUCUGAUGACUACAGUGAUCUUGGCGAAGAUUCGAUUCGAUCCCCAAGAAUGUCUUUGGACAGUAAGUUCGAAGAACUUAACAUACCCGAGGAGGUCAUCGUGCCGUCGAUUGAGGAAGAAGACUUCAGCCCGAAACAACCAUCGCCUCUGGCACCCGACUCACGACCGAGUAUUUUGACCGCCUAUUCCAAACCAGCAUUUGCCCGAUAUGAUACGGAAAUAUUCAGAAAGGCAGACACGCCGGUGAGCACUGGGUCCUCAAAGAGGGGCCAAAUUACUCCCCCCAUUGUAUUCUCGAGAGAAGUUCCGCAGAGCGCCAACCAGGUGUAUUCAAAUACGCCAUCUCUCAGGUUCUUGAAUAGUAGCGGGGAAUCGAGAUUGGCUGAUGAGUCUAGUAUAUUAGACUCAUCCGCCGAUUCUGAGACCACUCCUCGGCCCAUGAAUACACCUUCACCCUACUUGGAUUUUGAUAAUACGCCUCGUCCAGCAGGCAGGUAG